UUGCCAGCAGGAAAAUGAAGAGGGUCCUGGUUCUCCUGCUCAUUAUAGCAUGUGUGCAUGCUUUAGAGAGAGGCAGAGAUUACGAAAAAGAUAAAGUUUGCAAGGAAUUGAGCAUUCUGGGAAAAGAUGACUUCAGAUCUUUAUCAAUGGUUCUAUAUAGCAGAAAAUUCCCCAGUGGCACAUUUGAACAGAUCAGUCAUCUUGUGAAUGAAGUUGUCUCCUUCACAGAAGACUGCUGCGCUGAAGGGGCUGAUCCUGACUGCUAUGACACUAGGACCUCAGCCUUGUCUGCCAGAUCCUGUGAAAGUGACACUCCAUACCCAGUGCACCCGGGAACUGCUGAAUGUUGUUCCAGGGAGGGCCUUGAACGGAAACUCUGUAUGGCUGCCCUGAAGCACCAGCCAGAAGAAUUUCCUACCUAUGUAGAGCCAACAAAUGAUGAAAUCUGUGAGGCAUUCAGGAAAGAUCCCAAGGGAUUUGCUGAGCAAUUUAUAUAUGAAUAUUCCAAAAAUUAUGGACAAGCUCCUCUGCUGUUGUUAGUCGGCUACACCAAGAGUUAUCUCUCCAUGGUAGGGUCCUGCUGCACCUCACCAAAUCCAACUGUUUGCUUUUUGAAAGAGAGACUCCAGAUUAAACAUUUAUCACUUCUCACCACAAUGUCAAAUCGACUCUGUUCACAACAUGUUGCUUAUGGGAAGGAGAAAUCAAGGCUCAGCCAUCUCAUAAAAUUAGCACAAAAAGUGCCAACUGCUGAUUUGAAGGAUGUUUUGCCACUAGCAGAAGAUGCUACCACAAUCCUCUCCAAGUGCUGUGAGUCUAACACUGAGGACUGCAUGGCCAAGAAGCUACCUGAACACACAGUAAAAAUCUGUGACAACUUAUCCACAAAAGAUGCUAAGUUUAAGGACUGCUGUCAAGAGAAAACACCAAUGGAUGUUUUUGUGUGCAUUUACUUCAUGCCAGCGGCCCAAUCACCCGAGCUGCCAGAAGUUGAGUUGCCCACAAAUAAAGAUGUUUGUGGUAAACACAGCACCACAAUCAUAGACCAGUAUACAUUUGAAUUAAGUAGGAGGACUCAUAUUCCAGAAGUAUUCCUCAGUAAAAUACUUGUGCCAACCCUGAAAAGUCUUCGUGAAUGCUGCCACUCUGAAGACUCUACUGCCUGCUUUAAUACUAAGGGCCCUGAACUGAAGACAGAAUUAUCUUCUUUCAUUGAAAAUGGACAAGAACUAUGUGCAGAUUAUUCAGAAAACACAUUUACUGAAUACAAGAAAAAACUCGCAGACCGAUUAAGAGCAAAACUGCCUGAUGCCACAGACACAGAACUUGAAGAGCUGGUUGAUAAGCGCUCAGACUUUGCUUCCAAGUGCUGUUCCAUAAAUUCACCUCCUCUCUACUGUGAUUCAGAGAUUGAUGUGGAAAUGAAAAACACCCUGUAGUCCUGAAUCAUUUGUAUUGUCUUAAACCUAGAGUUGGAACCAACUGGGAAUGAUAUGAUUCCCUAAUCUAAGCAAAACCAGAGCUCCUGGAGAGACAGCUUGGAUGCUCCCUGUUUUUACCAGCUACAAUAUUUUCAUACAAUGAUAAGUAUGAUGAUUUGCCACCAAAUAAAUUUAAAA